GCAGUGGCAGGCUGAGAUGAGAGAAGGAGGUUUAGGGGACCAAGAGGAUUUACAGUUUUCAGUUGAGAGCUUAGGGGGUUUGUUGCUGCUUGGUGGUAAACAUUACAUUUUUCUUUCUUUCUUUCUUUCUUUCUUUCUUUCUUUUGUAAGUCAUAAAGUUAUGUAAUUGUGUGACUUCAUUUAUGUUUGUAAAUUUGACAAGGUCCACCAUAGCUACAAGAGAAAUAAAACACCAUGCAUCCCUAAACAAAUUACGUUUAAAAAACUCACCUUGCUGGAUGCAGAUCCUACAGCAGAAAGCGUACGUCACCGUUACCAUGCCAACGCAGACCUGAUACAGUUUCAACUAACGGGAUGUAAAGAGGAACUCGUUCAAUCGAGAAGUUCCAGCAGAAGGCUCUGAAGCAAACUAAGCAGAAGAAAUCCAAGUCGGCUGAAUUUCUGAUGGGGGAAGAAGAGCGAGCUGCAGCAGAAGGCAUUGAAAAUCCUGCUUUUAACAUCAGCAAGACAGACCUUUCAGCUUAUCAGGCUUCAGAAGGAAAAGAAAUUAAACAUGACAGGCAAGAUAGCAGCCUUGCAGCUCACCAACAAAAAAAUGGGCUGCAAGCCCAUGCUGAACCAAGAGGAAAUGAACGCAGACAAAAUUACUUUGACCCACCAAUGGAUGAGGAAAUAAACCCAAGGCAGUAUGGGAUGGAGGUCAGCACAGAAGAUGAUUUGGAAUUAAGGUCAGUGAGAGAGGAUGAAAGAGAGUUCUAUAAAAAGCUGUCAAAGUUUUUUGAAGAAGAGACAACAGUCAUAGACCUACCUGGUAUGAUUACAGAGGAGGGAAGAGCAGGUCCAGGAGUUCAGAAAUGCUCUGGAGUUUUCCCUGGUAUCGCAAGCCUGCGGCAGGAGGUUGAAGAUGAGGUGAUCCCUCAUUAUGUUGAGCAGUUUGAGGAAUGUGUGCAGGGUGACAUGAUCACAGUUGGCAGCCUUUCACUGGAACAGGAAAUUGAUUUCCAAGGGGAUCUUAACCAGCAGAAAAUAAAUAUAUUACAUGAUAAACUUUCUGUGGGUUUCCAAAGCGCAGAAAGUCAGUUGUUGAAGACACUGAAAAAACGCAAAGGUGAUGUGAUUGCCAAGUAUGGUGAACUGACUAAAACCAAGCCUAGGCCUGACAGGAUACGAGGAAUGAAGUGGAAGGUUGAGUGGAGUAAAACACCACAGCCUGUUGAAAUCCAGCUACGGUGCCUUCGGGGUGUUAAAGAUAAACUACCUCAAGGAAGCGUCACCCUCAAGGUCUCACUGUACAACCGACUUGGAGGCUAUGCCCUUCACUGGUCCAAAGCAAAAGAACAGCUCUGGGCUGGGACAACACAGCCAGUCCAACACAACGGGAACUUUUACAAUUUGGAGCUGCAUGUCAAUCAGAGUGUGUACACUAUAUUGCCUGCUAAAAGUGACGUUCAACCAGGCAUGGUCUUCAUCUUUGAGCUGUUUCUUCUUCCCGGAACAAACAUCCACAUGAAUCAAGUGGUUGGCUGGGGUGCCUUCCCAGUUUGUGACAGCCAGUUUGAGACUCUAGAGGGCAAAUUUAAAUGCCCUUUGCUAAGAGGCCAUCAAGAUCCCAGGAUUGACCAGUUCCGAAAAAUUGAGGAGCUUAUCUCGUAUGAUCUGGACAACUGGUUGUGCACUAUUUAUUUUCAGGUAAUCAAGCUUCCACAAUCCGGGCAGAAAGAGUAUGAGGUCACCCUUCAAAUCCCUCCACAUGUUCAUCAAAGUUCAGACUGCUUUUAUGCCUGUGAAAAAACUGAAGAGGGUCAAAAAGGUUGCAACACCCAGGAGUCUACUCUUAGGAGAUCACAGCUCGGCCUGUCUGCUCGCUGUAGAUGCUCCUCUUCAUACCUGCAAGGAAAGGUUUGCAAUAAAUCAAAACCUGAAAAUGCAAAGAAGACAAGUGAUCGAAUCUCUGCAAAUGAAGAGAAUGGAAUGUACUAUAAGAAAGAGUCUAAUCCACACCUGAAAGCAGACUCCUCUUCCGAAGACAGUGUGAAGGAUUUCCAGUAUUGUUCAUAUGCAGACAAACUGGAAGAAUACCGCUUCUCUUUACGACCUCAGCAUUCUUGCAGUGGGAAGGCUUGUGGCAGAGAUGCUGAGCGCACACAUUUUGUUCUUCGUAUGUUCCUGUCAGAGCUGGGCCUGUCACAGUGGCGUUCACAGGAAUUCUGGUUCAUUAUGCUGCUCCUAGCUUUGAUCUGGUUUGUGAGGCUUUACCUGCAUUACUGCAGCCAAUGGCUCUUCCUCCAGGCCAUCUCAGUUCCUGUCAACAAGUUUUACUUUUACCCUCACACUGUGGAACUGAGUUACCAGAAUUCCCUGCUUCAUACCCGGGAGGAGUUGGCUAUGGUAGUGGUGGGACCCCUGACCUUGAAUGUAGUUAUGCUACUUAUGGUUCUGAUCAGAUGGGGCUGUCAGCUAAUAUUUGGCUCAUUCCCGUCCUUCUUGUCAAAGUUUAUCAUGGCUAUAGGACUGUGGACACUGCUGGACCCUCUGGCAGUGUUUGUAGUGGAUGCAUUCCUGGGGCACCUUGCUUGGAGUGCCGAGAAUCCCAUAGCAGAUGCUGCAAAGCUCUACUGGCUCUUUUAUAGAACACAGCACUCUGGAACUCCUGGUGUCAUUAUUACAGUCUUCCUCUACAUCGUUAUACUCAUCUUCUCCUUGACAAUACUCUACAUGUACUUUCUCAGGCUGCAUAACGGUGGCCGGAUGUUGGAUGUUUUCCAGCGUGUGCAAAGUGAGGAAGCUAGAUUUUUUGUUCCACUGGAUAUGGAGGUGUCGAACCAGGAACUGAGUUACAUUGUGAAAAAGGCUGAGCAAUGGAGAGGCAUUAAUGGGGAAAGGAGGAAGGUGGCAGUGUACGAUUACAUCUGGACACAAGAUCCCAGUGUUGGAGAUCCCAGCUGUGACCCCCAGCAUCGCUGUGAAACCUCAGGAUUUGCAGAUGAUCAUAAAGAAAUCACAACUCAUGUGUCUAUCUACACUAUCCAUCUCUCUGGGCUCAGAAAUCUCUACCGCCACUUCCUCCGUCUGCCUGAUGGGGCCAUUGUUGAGGUAACUGGAGACAUCAGUGGAAUAAAUGUUUUACAGAGGGAAGUCAAUGCAGUUCUGCAUGAAAACAUCAAUGAAGCAGACAGUGAGCCAGGACCAUCCUCUGCAUGUGAACUAAGGGAAAGGAAAAAGAAAGCAGUAUGGCGCUCUACUAGAGUUGAGCCAGCAGGAAGAAGUUGUUUGGAUUCCAUGGCAGUUCCAGCAGUUUCCAAACGCUGACAUCUACAGAGAAGGUUCUGACAUCCUGGGCAGAAAAAAUAAAUACAUUUCAUUCUGUGCUUGGACAUCUAUUAUGAGUGACUGUACUAUUCAAAACAUACUUAAUUGACUAUAAAUAACAUUCUAGUCCUGACAGUACUGUGUCUGAGUUUGGUGGAUUCUGAAUUUGGUUACACAACAUUACUGGCAAGCUGCUUGUUAACACAUAACAAGCCUACUUUAUGAUGCUGCCUUAUGUACAUGUUGUGAAGAAUGUUCAUUUUAAAAGAUGGCUUUUAACUUUUCAUAACUGAGCACCACUCGUGUAAGGACAUCGGGAAAGGACACUGGCUGUUUUGGGCCUGCAGUCACAGGUGGCAAAAGGGGUGUUUUUUUGUUUAUUGUUUUGUUUUGUUUGUUUUUGUUUUGUUUCAAUUCUCAUUCAGACAAUAACAACGUCUUUGCAAGUGUUCUCUGCGAGUCAUAGCACACGACCGGUCUUUGUUGUUUUCACCUGUGUCCGUCACACACCUGUUUCUACUGCCUCCGAUUAAGGAUUGCUACGGAUUCAUCUUCCCUGCUAGGGUGUUAAUGUGUUGUGUGUUGUGUUAUUUUAUUACUUAGUUAGUUGUGUAUUUUAAAUGUGUAUAAUUCUUCAUUUGCUUUUAUAUGUCUGUUGUGUCUUUUCAUGUGCCAUUUACCUGAUGCUCGAUCAUAUUCCCUUCUGUAAAUGUUACUUUAUUUGUAUUAUUUUCUUUUUCUGUUUUUGUGUUUGCCCAGGGACUGCCAAUGAAAAUUCGCUCAUAGCUAAAUCUGGGUGCAAUACAUCUUAUAACAUGUCAAAGAUUAGAAAUUGUACUUUAUCCCUGUCAAAUAAAUGUUAAUUAUAUUUCUUUUAUUUUCAGAAUCUAAUUGGUAUUUAAUAAGCCACACAAAAUAUUUUAAAGUGAAUUAUGGAAUGAAUAUACCAUACAGUUUAUUGUAACAUUAGUUUCAAAAGAUCUGUAAGGACAUCUGUAAGCUUCGGACUAUAGUGCCGAACACCCCCAACCGCACUCGGUGUUUAUUACACUGAGUCAGUGUCGUUACAGUGUACAAUUAAUGUUUAGGGGUGUAACUGAGUGAAAUCUCCUCUGAUACUGACAUUACCAACCUACAUUUAAAAUACAGACUUUGUUAUUGUGUGACUAACAGAUCUUUGAUAGAAUAUGUUUUAAGCCAAACCCAUUAAUCAAUGAAACAUCCCUGUGUGGGGCAUUGUUGUUUGAGGUCUGGGUCCAGAGUUGUGCGGGGGUAACGGGUGUUUGUAUUGAAUAUGUGUCUGGUAGCGGGGAUCCACUGGGCGGGUGCACACGCUCUAUGAACUCUCAGAGUCUCUAUAAAUAUAAAUAAAGAACCAAAAAGUAAAUAACAAAGUGAUUAAAUGAAAAAUGUUAUUUAAAAGCCCUGGGGAAGAAAAUAUGGCAGGAAAGUACAGCUAAGAAACUUGAAACAGAGUUUAUGUUUUUACUUACUUGCUGUGUGCUCUGUGUGUUGGUGGUGCGCUGUUAGGGCGUGGGUGCGCACGGAGUAGUGGGGGUGCACCUAAUGUUAGUCUGGAGAAAUGGUAAUACUGAUACUGUGAUUGCCUAAAAAAAAUUGUACCUAUCCGGGACAACAAAAUAAGAAUGUACUGUAUAUGCGUAAACAGUAUUUUUUGUAUUACAUGGUUUUAAAUCUGUUUUGUAAUAGUUUUAGUUCAUAUGUAAUGGUAUAUUCUGGGGGUGGGGCUAGUAGAUUUUGGUAUAUAUAUAUAUAUAUAUAUAUAUAUAUAUAUAUAUAUAUAUAUAUAUAUAUGUAUAUACAUGAGAGAGAGAGACAGAGACACGUUUGGAAAAAGUACUUAUAGCAGUCGCCUGUUAUUUUAAUUAUUCUUUUAUUACUAUUAUUUGUUGUUUUGUUUUAUUUCCCUGUACAUACCUAUAGUUUGUGAACUGAUCCCGCCUGUUCCUGUGUGCUUGCUAAUAAACAGUCACUUUCGUUUUGAAAAAUUCUCUUGCGUCAUCGCUUCCUCCCUGCACUGCAACAUCUUGUGCACCAGUCGCUCACAUGGGGACACCAGCUUUUAAUACCAGCGUGUGUAAAAUAUUCAAAUAGCAGUUUUUUUUUCUUUUAGUAUAAGACUUACCUUUCCAAUAGGUAUUGUCUAGUUUUUUAGUAGAUGGAUACAGUUAAUAUAAUUCUAAAGUAUAUACAAAUACAUAAAAAAGAAAAGCAAAUGUUAUUUUAUAGUACAGUCCUGACAGACAACCCAAGAUGAUCAGCACAGCAGUCCUUCACGUCCCUUUUUUUCCAGCAGAGUUCAGUGCCAACACAGCAGGGGAUAAAACAAGGGCUGUCUGUUCACCUCGUCGUCAGCUUGGAUGGUGAAAACUUAAACUCAGAGGAACUUAGAGCUUUGCCGGUCACUCUAAGCGCUAUCUGAAAGCUGGCUGAAGAUAUCUUCUUAUAUUUUAGUUUUAACAGAAAUCAAACUGAUAUUCAGAGGUAAUAUUUUUCAUUAAGAAAAACAACUGCAUCACACUCAACUACCGUUAUCUCUCCUCUUCUUGUCCUGCCCCAUAGCAACCAAUACACACUCCUGAUUCACUGGUAUAGUACUCCCCUGACCUCCCAACUCCCACCUAAUAGGCUGUUGUUAACUGUCAGUAAAUGUACUGUAUUCAAGCCCCAAAAACACACAAGAGUAUAGUGCUGCAGAUCGGAGCCUCUCAUGGCGCCAUUUCUAAAAUGCCUUAGAUCAUUUAAUAAAAUAUUGCAGCAUUUGUAAAGCAUAUUAUUUUUAAUAAAGGCCGUCCUCGUAUAAUCGGCAUUUAAGGGCCGCAGUCAUUUUGAUCAAUUUAAAAUAAACGCCGCAGCGCCAAAUUGAAGUAAUACGGUAUAGACAUGGUAUAUUACACAACGUCUCCACAAACUGUCAUGUGCUAAUGCUUUCCUAUCUAACUAUCAUAUCCAGGAAAUUCUAAACAGCCACAAACUAGUUCUUUGUGUUGUGUUUAACAGUACAUGUUCAAAGCAAGCAUUUAACACGUCGGUAUCACCUAUCUGUGUCAAAAGAGCAUAAUGCAAUUAUGAGUUUGAGGCCGUUUACAUUUAGUACAGGUUAACAAUUUUAUUUUUUUACAAGAUUGUUGAGAAAGCUGUUAUAGAAAAUACUGAAUGGUGGGGAACAUUAAAUAUGUUUUAUAUUACAGCAAUUAAUUACCCAAUAAACAAUGUAAAUUAAUUAUUCAAUUUGGAAAUUAACUAGGGUCAUUAGGUCUUCCUUGCUGCCCCAACGAGAUGAAAAAUGAAGAUUCUAAAAGUCACUAAUCAGAAGCAGUGAUAAAAUAUCAAUAUUGGGCUCACAUUAAGCUGGGUAAUAUUCAGGCUGCUUGAUUUGUAUUGAAUAUGUGUCUGGUGGCUGGAGCUAGCUAUAAUGAACUAGCCUACAAAUCACAGCUUAAUGGGAAUCUACUUAUACAUAUUGCUUAAUUAAAGGUUGUGAGCUUAUUAACAUGUGUCUACGACACUAAGCAUUGGGGAUGUAAUCUGUGCAAAUAGAACUAGGUUGUAAAGGUUUUAUAGAUUGCCUAUCAUAUUAAACUCAUACUGUAGCUUAAUUCCAUGUCAUUUUCAUUGAGGAUGCUUCAUUUUAUUGAUGUUCAAUUACCACCAAACUUCUUUAGUAGGAACCCUUUGGGAUUUCCAAGUAUCAUGCUUAUUAUCCUAUGCUUUCAGUUUUAAAAUUUCCCUUUCAGUGUAUAACAAGUUCCAGGGAAUAUUCAACGUAUUCGAUUACAUUUACAACUAGUUGUAUUUGAAACCACUGAUCCACUAUGUUUCACAUAUUUCAGGACGUUUCUGAUGCUGUUGGUGAGUUUGAAUCAUUUCAAAGUUUUUAACAGAAGCAUUAUUAUUGCUUUUACAUCCUUGUAUGGUCUCAUUUACAGUUGUGGUUUUGUUUUCUGCUUGGAUGUGUAGGUUGACGCUCUAGGCAGGCAAUACCAUCUUAAUGAUAUAAGUUCUGCCACCCUUUAUUAACCUGUAUUAAUCCUACUGGAGUUUUCCCCCGGUGUGAUUUUUUGACCCACUUAGUAAUACUAUAGAUUAUUCCAACAGUGCCUCAUAUUUGGAGAUUCUAGAUUUUUAAAUAAAGUACAUUUGUUAUCUAUUAAUGAGCUGUUUUCUAGUUAUGUUGUGUAACCAAAUUCAGAAUCCACCAAACUCAUUACUGCAUACAAUGAAAAACAGCAUUAGCAAGGUCUUCCGGAAGUGCGAGAUCAGCCAUUUUCAAAUGAUAUUUUGACAUACUACCUACCGUAUGUGAAUUUAUAAAAAAUAAAAAUAACAGCCUACACACCUGCUACAACUUAUCAUAUUAAUGUCCUCCUGUAAUUACCAGUGCACAACUGAAAUGAAGGGGAGUCACAAAAACAUUACCUUCUGCUGUAAUAAUCAUGGUGGUGGUAACCAACAUUUAUAUCAUACUACUGCCUACAUAUUAAUAACAAUAGUAAUAAUAACAUAUUUGGCAUAUAACGGCAAUAAUUAAUGAAAAAAUGAUAUGUGAAAACAUCACAGUUUCAGCAAUAAUUGCAUCAAUAACUUAAACCUAAUGAGAACUCUAUUAUUUUAUAUAUUGCACUGAGUGGGGAUCUUUAGCUGAUUUAGUAGUUUGAUCUUAUCUUGAAGUACCAUCGCUCUAACAUAAAGAAACGGUCAUACAUAUGGUCCAAAGUAUGCGUUAGUCUUUGAACAUUCUAAUGCAAACUUCUGUGUUGAUAAAUCACAUAGUUUCUGUUUGAAUGUGCGUACGCAUGGUUCAGAAGGGAAUACAUGCACAACCACAAAUGAUAAAUAGAGGCCCAGCAAUGUUAAUAUUACUCUAAAAAAGUAAUAUACUGCUUAUUCCCAUUUAAUAAGGUAUAGGUAUAAUAUGUUUAAUACGUGUAUAUAUGUUAUAUUAGUUUUGACAACAAUAAUAAUGAUAAUACUGUAGCGACCUGUGGAACUGCUGAGGGUGCUGCGCCCUGAAAGGACACUUUCUGUUGUUAGCGUUUGUCUGAAGCAGGUGCAUGUAUUGUUUGGGACGGGACCAUGCCAGCGUUAAGUUAGGUAAGCAAGGUGUGUGUGGGUGUGUGUGGAGGAGUGGAAGUCAGUGAGGGUGAUGUGCUGCAGUGAUUGGAGGAGAGCAGGUUGGGGGGAGGGUGAAGUGCCGCUGGGCGGUAUAAGAACGGGAGCAAGAUUAGAGGAGGAGAGAGAGCUGUGAGCGAGUAGUACUGAGAGAGAACGAGAGUGAGAGUGAACCAAAAAGAAGCUGCGUAGAAUCCAGUGAGAAUCAGUGAGUGAGAGGGCCGAGAUAGGAGAGACCGAAGCAAUAGUAACCAGAGAAAAGAGGGCUUUGUUGUUUUUGGUGUGGUCUCAGCCCAUAGAGACUGAAUGUGCAGAGAAAAUAAAAAGCGGACAAUCCGUUUGCACCUGCUUUUUUUAAAAUAAAGAAAAGAAAAGCGAAGGAGACCCAGUGUCACCACAAUACUAUUAAUAAUAACAAAAUUAUAAUCUAAACAAACAACAUGUAAUGAUAUAUGGACUUUUUACUGUUGAUUCAAAAUAGCAUACUUUUUAAAUUGAGCUUUAAAUUUACACAGAAUUCUUAAUCAUUUAGCAGUGGUUUCAGACCCAGAUUAACACUAAUCUUGGACUACCUUAUCUCAGCUAACAAUAGGUAGUCAAAGAUGAGUGCUAAUCAGGGUAUGUGAAACCUAAAUGUGAUUACCUUUCAGUAUUACAUUUUAAGAAUUAAUAGUCUACUGUAAUAAGUUAUUCAAAAAACAUAAUGCUUUCUGUAACUAGUUUAUUUAACAGCACUGGGUAUCAAUAUUGACAUAUACUAUGCAAUAUUUGUGCCGACAAAUUUUUCUAGCUAACCAAAGAACUGCUAGUGGCCGCAUUUUUAACUUUACAAGAAGUUUCAAGUUUCAAAUUCAAGUUUACAGUUUCAGGUUUCAAAUAUUUGCUUCCAAAUGACAAACAGUAUUUGUAACCAUUUACAUUUCCUGCCAGCCAGUAUGUUCUAAAAGGCAGUUAGUUUUCUCAUUUAUAUUUGCUGAUUUAGGUAAAAGCAAAGCUUUUUAUAGUGCUUUAAUUUGCAAGCCACUGAAAUAAGCUCAAACAUUGCAAGCCAUAUAAGGAUGAUGCUACUUCCAGAAAAAUGAACGCAUGGACACAUUUUAUUCAGAGCUCAUAGUGUACAGGUAUUUAAAUUGACCAUCCUCAAACCAAUAUACUGCAGGAUUCAUUUAUGUACCUAACUCGAUUCCUGUGUAUGAACAUGGGUUAUCAAAACAAAGGGGACUCUUAAAAAUUGAGUUUAGACACUGGGUAAAGUCAUUCUUGCUUGAUCACUCAGUGCAAGAAUUGUAAAGCAUCUACCUAGCUUAAAGUAUUAACAUAUGUCUAACCCUACUAACCUUUCUGUUAUGUAUAUUUUGGUUUCACCUAAAUGAACUCUAUUCAUGAAAGCAUGAAUUCAG